GUGAGAAAGUGCUGACAUCGCUCCGUGUUCACGGCCCAGCUCGUGGUGGUAGCUGGGUCGUCAUCGAAUACUCGCUAUCAUCAACCCAUAGAGCAGAAGGAGUACGGGAUCCCCACCGUUCGUUUCAGAUCCAUCUCUCGCAUCCCCAACACGAACGCGUUACGUUAUGGAGCCCCGCAAAACCCCUCCGGAGUACUUCCUGGAGAUCUUUGCAGACACCACCACCGUCCGGGAUGUCUUAAAAGGUGUUCUCAACCUAAUCUUCUUUCACCGUUACUUUCCCUCUAUCCGACCGACUACCUUUGAUGUCCUAGACUUUACUCUCCCCGCUAUCAACGAUGAAGACCUUGAGACUCUUAUUGAGUCGCGCAUCAGCGCUCUAGUCCGCCAGCACUCCUCAUCAGCUGCUAGCGCCCAUGAAGGGGGCGGCGGUGUGCGCGGUCGGAUCGCAGUGGAAUUUUACGAGAAGAAGCGCAGGCGCUCCGGAAUCUGGUUCGGUGGGCUUGCUGGGAAAGGCGAGGAAGAGGUAUGUUGGGAGGUGUGGAAUCUGGAUGUGACGAUUGCCACUCCACGGACAGAAUCAGAACGCGCCAAGGUGCGCAAGGCGAUGGAGAAUAUGCUUCAAAAAGCAGCCUUGAAGAUUCUCGCCGUAGUGAACCGAGAAAAGGACCAUAUCCCGCCCAUCACAACAAGUGACUCCAACCCAUUCCCUUACAGGAUUGUCCUAAACCCUCGGUCAGAUGGCUGGCAGAAUCGGUUUGGACUAUACUGA